AUAAUAUAAGCUCACAAACGAGUUGAGAGCUUGAGGCAGUAACAUUGAAUUUUACAGAAGUUCAUAGCCGUAAAGAAGAUGGAGAAGCUGAAAUCUGUAGUACCAAGCGCCCUCCGGCAGCAAAUUACAAAGAGCGGUCCUGAUGACCUUCCCGCCACUUGUUCUUCCCUCCUCCACUUCUUCAGUCACCUUCCCCUCUUCUACCAGGUUGUUAAGGAGUUGACAGACCCAGAAAAUGCUUUGUGUCGCAAGGACUCAAAUGCUGCUUCAGAAUUAAAGCUUCGCGGCAAUGAAUCUUUCUCCAAAGGAGAUUACCGUAAAGCCAUUCAUUUCUAUACACAGGCAUUUCGAUUUGCUCCUUCGAAUAGUGAUGGUAUGGAGAAAAACCUAGUGGCGGUGCUCUAUGUGAAUCGCGCAUCUGCAUUGCAUAAUAUGGGUCAUUUUCUAGAGUGUUUAGACGACUGUGGCCGAGCUCUUGCAAUUUCUCCAACUUAUGCUAAGGCAUGGUUCAGGAGAUGUAAAGCAAAUGCUUCUUUGGGAAACUAUGAAGAAGCAAUUCAAGAUCUCAAGGUUUCCCUAGAGCUGGAAGUUUCCUUAAGUGGAAAGAGGCAAAUAGAAAGCGAACUCGGGAUUAUUUUGGACAGACAAAAACUGAUGCAUAGUUCAUUGUACAAGUCCAACAAGAAUGGGUCUGAUGCUAGAACUUAUGUGACAGAUGAGCCAAUCCAAGGAAAUGUUCAAUGUGUGUCUCUAUCAACUAAAGGAAGAGGAAUAGUAUCUUGUGCUAAUAUUCAUUUGGGCACUUUGGUUCAUAAAGAAGAUCCUUAUGCAGCGAUUAUCUUGAAGACCUGCCGGGAGACUAACUGUCAUUUCUGCUUCAAUGAACUACCAGUACAUGCAGUUCCAUGUGAAUCAUGCUCUAUACCAUUAUAUUGCUCUAGUCAAUGCCAAUUAGUAUCUGGAGGAAAAGUGUUUGGUAAAAUUCCCAGGAAAAGUGGCUUUCAUAAAGACCUACCGGAUGAAAUUGAAAAGUAUAUUUCUGAAUGCAUUUCCGUUGGUAAUUCAGAUCAAUGUACUGAGAAUAUUCCUGAGCACAGACAUGAAUGUGAAGGUGCUCAUUGGCCUUCAAUAUUACCCUCAGAUGUAGUUUUGGCUGGUCGGAUCAUUGUGAAAUUUAUCGAGCAACAAAAGAAUUCUGGUUGUGUUUCAAACCUCCAAGCAGUUUUGGAUCUCUGCCACAACUAUGCGCACCUCCCUCCUGAUACUAAACUGGAGAUGCAUAUAUACUCGAUCAUGCUGUUGAAUUGUCUUCAAAAAAAUUAUGCACCAAAACUCCCUGUGACAGGGGCUAUCAUUUCACAGGUAGUUAUACUUCUAUCACAAAUCAGAGUGAAUGCAAUGGCUAUUGUCAGAAUGAAAUCUUUUGAUAAGAGAGGGCCUUCAGAUGAGCAUGGGAAUGAUUUUACCAGUACAUUAGAACAGGUCAAGGUUGGUCAAGCUAUAUAUUUGCUGGGUAGUAUGUUUAACCAUUCGUGUAGACCAAACAGUCAUGCUUACUUUCUUUCACGCACCCUCCAUGUACGAAUCACAGAUUCUGUGUCAGUGGGGUCUGAACUUGAAAUCUCUUAUGGACCACAGGUCGGGCAGUGGGACCACAAAGACCGCCAGAAGAUAUUGAGAGACAACUACUCAUUUAGCUGUCAAUGUAGUGGCUGUUCACAACUAAAUCUAUCUGAUCUAUAUAUUAAUGCUUACAAGUGUGCUAAACCAGACUGUGAUGGUGCGGUUCUUGACAGCACACUCACUAGCUAUGUGAAACAAAAAGUGGACCCCAUCUUUGGCGACCCGGCCAUUCCCUACACUCAGAAGCAGAAGGUUGAAAAUACUGGAAAUAAUGGAAUCGUUGGACUGGCUCAUUAUGUGGUCGAUAAACAAGAUUUUAAUUAUCUAAAUCCUGGGCAUUGCUUGAAUUGUGGUUCAUAUUGUGAUCUAGAAUCUGCCUCUGCUGCAAUCAGCAAAGCUGAGAAUUGUAUUAGAAGGUUGCAAGAUGCAAUAAGUAUCAAUGAUAUCCAAGCUGAAUCACUUUCCAAUGCCUUGAUGGUUUCUAAUAUUCUGAGAUCAACACUGCAUCCAUGUAACAAGAGAAUAUCUGAGGUUGAGGACAAUAUUGCACAGGCGAUGUGUUUGGUUGGAGAACCGCAAGCUGCAAUUGAUCAUUGUAAACUGUCCAUCAAAAUCCUUGAGAAACUCUAUGGUUCUAAUCACAUUGUCAUCGGAAACGAAUUGGUUAAACUCCGAUCCAUUCAAAUGCAACUCAGAGACUGCAAUGCUGAAAUUACUACAAAGAGAGCACAUGAAAUCUUUUUGCGGUAUUUUGGAUCUCAUACAGGCGUGAUAUUUCCAUGUGGAAUUGGUUGCACCUGAUUGUAAAGUUUAACAUUUUAUAUCAGUACUCACUGUUACUAUUAAUAAUGCGAUUUUUUUUUUUUUGCAAAUACCAUUAAUGAAUUACAGUACUGCAUGUGCUAUGGAUUGGAUCUAGAUUUCUUAGUCAAAAAUCUAAUUGAAUCCACAAGAAAUUGAAUACUAAUAAUGUAUGGUUGAAUAACCAAUAAUAUGGAAGUAUUUGAUCCAUAUUGGAAGAUUCAGGCUAUUGCCCCUUAAC